AUGAACUCCGAAAUUUUAUUGCAGAAUUUGAAGAAGCAUAUGCAAAGCCUCUUAAUAAGAAAAUCGGACAUUCCCUAUUAUAACCAAAACAACAUCAUAGACAUAAUCACUGGGGUAUUGGACAAAUACACAGAUGCGAAUACAAAUGAAAUUAACGUGGAAAAUGCCAUAAAAAACAUAAAAGAAAAUUUGGACAAAACGUAUGGAAGUGGAUGGAUAUGCUUGAUUGGGGAGUCUUUCUCUUUUAACAUCUCAGCAAAGGAAAAUUCCUUUUUGUCUUGUUUCUAUCAGGGAUAUUUAUCUAUCGUUGUGUAUAAAUGUUGA